AUGAGUAAAUCAAUCAGAGUAGCAAGUGAUGAUAUAUGGAAGAAUAGAGUGGAUAAAGUGAACUCUGAACUUUUCACAUUGACAUAUGGUUCAGUUGUUGCUCAAUUGGUGCGUGAUUUCAAAAGUGAUUAUAACAAAGUAAACCAACAAUUGGAAAAGAUGGGAUAUAAUAUAGGUAUAAGACUCAUAGAGGAUUUUUUGAGUAAGACAGGAACAGGACGUUGUGUGUCAUUUAAAGAAACUGCUGAAGUUAUCUCCAAGAUUGGUUUCAAAAUAUUCCUAAAUAUCACACCAGCAGUAACGAAUUGGUCAAGUGACGGUAAAACAUUCAGUUUGAUAUUGGAUGAGAACCCACUGGCUGAAUUUGUUGAAUUGCCCGAUGAUGGGAAGGCAGUAAAAGAAUUGUGGUAUUCAAAUGUAUUAGUUGGUGUUUUGAAAGGUGCUUUAGAAAUGGUCCAACUGGAAGUUGAAGCUCACUUUGUUAGUGACGUGUUACGUGGUGAUUCAAGUACUGAAUUAAGAUUGAAAUUAAUCAAGAUACUUAAGGAUGAAAUUCCAGCAGGUGAAGAUUGA